UACCGGUGAUGGCAACGCAUUUAGAGACUCCUUUACUUUAUGUAAUAAACUAGUACAUUUAACGUUUAAUGUAAACAGUUUCCUUGACCACCUGCCGCAUAAGAGAUAUGAAUGAGGACCACUUCGUUUUCCCUCGAGGUCCUGGCCUUACUCUUCCUCACACUGAUCCCUUGGCCGGGGCCCUCAGUCUUCAAGAUAACUUGCUCUCGUGACAACUCAAAAAUAGUAAGAAAGGUUAUAGAAAAUAAAUGGCUUCCAGUACUAGAGAGGUUUCAGGUGAAGCUGCCACUGGAGUGUCCGUUCCAUCCAGCACGCGACAUAUUCGCGCCCCAACAUGCAGCCAAGCUACAGCACAGGCCAUCGCAGUGGACUUGCGCCUUCUGUGGCAAGUCUUUCUACGAAGAACGACAUCUGGACACGCACUUCGACCAGAGACACAAGAACCAGAUUAAUAAGGCGGAAGAUGCAGUUUGCCUGGCAGACUACUGUGACAUCAUGCGGUGUCAGGUGCUCGUCGCACAUGGCCUGCUCAGUGGCACUGGUGGACCGAGCACCGAUAUUGAAAAUUUGCUUCAGGUAUGGCAAGACGUGGAAUCAGUGAAAAAAGCGCUGGCACCGGCGGCGACGCGGAGCGUGGCCAGAGUAAAUGCAAGAAGACGUCACAGAGCACGCACCGCGCCGCCGCCCCCCAUAGAAGACUGCCCGCGGUCAGAAGCUGACGCACGAGAGCAGGAAUCAGAACCAGAAGAGAAAAGAACAGAAGAUAAUGACAGUGACGCUAAUCAGACGGCAGAGCUGUGUGAUGCGGAUACCGUGGAGUCGUCGCUACCUCCCGACAGUCGACAUAAGAGGCUGGCAGACUUGCAGGCAGAGCGAGCGGCUUGUGACCCCACCCGCCUUCAGACACUUAAGAUUCGCUGUGAAAGAAUAGUUCAUUCGUGCAUAGCGACACUUCUUCUGCACCUCACUCAACAUCAGUUCACCGAGCUUGAAGAGGAAAUGCAGCGCGCUGUGUGCUGGUACCUGAGCUGCGAUCGGUACUGGGAGGACACAGCGCCCUCGGCACGCGCAUUCCCCUGGCCACUGUUGCUGGCCCUGGCUACCGGCCUGGCGCUAGCACUCUGUAUGUGCUACUACAUCAUCUGGAUUGUGUUCGAGCUGCCUUAUGUGCAGGCGUUUCUCAUUAAUACAAUGGUCGAUCAUCUUUACCUCCAAGAAGCGGCUGAAGAUUUCCCGGAGCCUAGGAGUCGAAGAUCUAGCUCGGAAGAGGGCAGCGUGGCGGGCAGCGCAUCGGUGUCGAUGACGACGCACUCGUCGCCGACACGCGGCGAGCGGCUGGCGGCAGACGACGCGAUGCUGGACGACCCGGACCACGACGACCACUACAUAUACGUCACUUACCCACCCGAGCUCAAGCGCCGGCUGCUCGAGAGCUGCUACAAUAGAACGACUCGCCUCUGAGAUCAGCAUCCAUGCCAUUGCGCCGCGCAUGCGUACUUUGUAGUCUAGUCAACAAGUGCUUUUCUUCAACUUUUUAUAAGAAUUUAUAACCCAAAACGCUUGAGUUAUUUAAAAAAACCUAGGUACAAUGCCGAUUUUCAUAAAUAAUUGUACCUACUUAUUAGGUAAGUAGUGGUUUCAAUGACAUUAAUUUUACGAAACUACUGAAAAGGUUGCUGAAACAGCAGUUGUUGACUAGGUUAUUGUAGGUACCACUGCAGUAGCAUUAAUCCUUAGAAUUUGUGGUAAUUUCGAUAAAUAUUGUGUUAUAUUGGAAUACGUAUGUGUUCUGUUCUUUAUUUCAACAUUGGAACACUGUUGUGAUUUUUAUACAUGUUUAUUCAAUAGGGUUGUUUCCUCAAUUUAAAAUAAAACUAUUCCACUAAUAAAUGUAUUAAACAUAAAAAUAAUGAUAAACUCAUUAACUGAUUUAGUUUUAGAUUCAGAAUUUUUUAAAGUAAUUUAAAAGAAAUCAGUAUAACUUUUGACACAAAAAUGUACAAUUUCGUACAAAAUUUUGAGUAAACGUUUAUGUAAAAGUUUUGAAUUUGACGAUUUGGAAACUACCCUAUUAUCUUCACAAUAUGUUCAGUAAAUCUACUGUAAAUAAGGCACAGAAUCACAUAGUAAUUUUAAAGGUAUGUUUGAUAUAUGUUGCACUAGAUUUGUAGUUUUCGCGCCAAAAACAUUUUUGGCUUCUCUCAGAGGUACGUAAAAUAUUAACUUUGUUACUUAAUUUGUUUGUUUUGUAGACUUUCACUUAGCAAUUGUAUAAUUAUGAAAUGUGUGUCAAAUAAUCUUGUGAUGCGGUUGUACAGGAUAUUUACGAAAUCAAAUCUAAAUCAACCUUUACUUUCAUGCAUGCACUUGAAAUUGUGACUAUUAGACUAUGACUAUAGGUCUAGUGUGACAUAUACUUAGUUACCCCUAAACGAGAAAUAAAAUUUACACAAAAAUACCAAAGUAGAUAUUAGAUAUCAAGACGAAAUCUCUUUUUUAUAUUAUUGUAUUAAGUGUUAUUUACUUUGUUUAAGUUUAGUUUAUAGCGUAAUUAAUUCUUUUAGAUGUAGUUCGCUUGAAACAAUUUGAUGGUGCCUAAACCUUUCCUUUUUAUAUUGUGCCUACUUAUAUGUAUUUUUUUCUCUUUUAGGUAGUAACAGAUAUUACAAUAAGAAACAAUACUGUAAAUACAAUGUCGAUGUAACUUUAUAUUCAUGUAAUAACAGAUUUGCUGAUAAAGAGAAAUAUUUUUGUCUUAUGCGCAUUUUAACCCCCUCAUUGCUCAUGAAACUAAGGACCAGUUUCACAAUGUCUGAAUAAGUUCUUUUUGGCAAUUAAUUCGACGCAUUUUUCUUACGAACUAUGACAGCUAAGCUUUCAACAACUUGGUCAGACAUUGUAAAACAGGUUCUUAGUAUCCACAUCUUCGAUUAUAGUAAUAGAAAAUAUUUUUAUCUUAUUAAACUAAAAAAUAUUUAACAUUUGAUUUUUGAAAGGGAACUCAAAUUAAACAAAAAGACCGUUCAUGUUAAAUGCAUGACAAGUGCCCUGAUUCCUGAUUAGUUGAAUACAAUUAUAAGCCAGACAAAAGAUAUGAAUUUAUCCUUUCAGAAACCCAAUGUAGUAUUUUCACGUGAAACUAAUUUAUACAAUUGUAUUAUAAAAAUAUUGAAUUUAUUUAUUUGCUCAUUGUAACUGUUAAUUUGACGCGAUGUCACGAUUAUGUUGGCUAUUUUGUUUGUUGUUUUUUUAUAAUAAAUAAUCUCACGACCAAUUAUAGUCAUUACUUAUAAGCAAAUAUGAAUUUUGAUUCAUUGUACGACUUUUGGUAGGUACCAAAAUUCAUCCCCGCUGUCCUUGCCACGUACAUUUACUUGGAGAAGGUGCCUACCCACAUUGAGCAAGCAUGUUGAUCAAUGCUUGAACCUUCUUCGUGCGAGAAGAGGCUUUUGAUCAGCAGUGACCACUUAAAGGCUGUUAAUAUGAUGCGCAAGUUCACGCUUUAGAGAGAUCUUAGGGAGUACCUAGUAGUCUCAUAUUCCUUGAGAGAGACUGAACACAGCAUAUUAUUCCUGGCAAGAAAUAUCAGAAAAAGGCUGUGUGGUAUAAUUGUUAGUCUAGAAUCGCGGUGAAUUUUGCAACUCUGUGUGAAAAGGAAUUUCAUGGUCACAGAGUAUGUAAUGUACUCUGGAAUUUUAUGUAUGGUAUAAAACGAUUACAGUACCGUUUAUUCAUAACUGAAGUGGAUGCAUAACACUAACAUAAUGCACAUAUUUAACGUCUAUAGCAUUCCGGCAAGUGGACUUUAUACAGCAAAAUCUACCUAAGUUCAUUGCGGUUAGAGAUGGGAUUUUACCCGGA